ACUCCCUUCACUUUCAUAACACUUCAAUUGUCUUUGCAAUGGUAUAGUUGGUUCAUUGAAUUCUUUUCAAUUAUGUCGACCAAAGCUAAACUUUCUUCAAUAGUGUGUGAACUCGUUAAAUUAAAAUCUCAUCAAAAAUACUUGGAAUCAGCACAGUUGCCCAUCCAAAUGACCGAUUUAAGUGUGGAAGACAUGGCAACAAUUGCAGAAAUAAAUCAUUUGCAAGACGAGUUGAAAAAUCGAAUUCCUGCUUUCAAAUUGAAUUUAAGAAGUGAGUUGGAAAACGUAACUUCGACGGUAUCAGAAUUUCAAGAUAUUAUCGAAAGUUCGGACAGCAUACACCAAUAUCAAACGAAGGAGUAUCGAGACCGGAUUGUUUUGAUUGACCAAACAAUUCGUAAUGCUUUUCGAAAUAAUAUCAACCAACUCAGUCGCCUUAAGAACGAAUUUUGUGUGCUGGAGACAACCGUUCUACCAGAGAAUCAUUUACUAAAUGAGACAAUAAAAAUUUGUCCGAAUGUCGCGUAUAGUAGCCGUGCAGGACUAAUGAAACCAAUCGAUAAGGAAGAUAAUGUCGAUAUUAGAAAAUUUGAUGAUUUUCUUGUGGCUAACAAUGGUCACACCGGUGGCUGGAAUGAUGAAGAGCAUUUUUUGUUUUUAAAAUUGAGGACGAAAUACAAAGACAAUAUUGAUCAAAUUGUUAUGUCCAUCAAACAUAUAACCGAAGGUAAAACUGAAGAGGAUGUAAAGAAGCACAAUCAAUGGUACAUCAAGUACGUGGAACUAAAGGAGAAGAAAAAAGCAGCCAUCAAAAACUGGAAAGAUUCACAAGGAUAGAGUUUUAUUGAUCGAUUGAUCCGAUGUAAUUUUC